AUGACGUCGCCAGAGGAGCUGCCAAGGGAUGGCGUGGUCCAUGGCAUUUUGAACGACGCUGGUGAAGUGGAUGACACCAAAGUAGCCGACGCUCUUGGAGUCGCUAAAGAUGACGACGAAUACAAAACACUAAAGUACCAUCUUCUGGGCCCAUCUCUGACCAAGGCUGGACAGGAUUCCGUUGACCAGAACAAGGUAUCGGAAAUUAUUUACAAUGCCUCCAAAGGGUCCAAAUUUUUCAAUCGAGAAGAAGAGCGCGACAAAGUCCUAACACAAAAGAUUGAGCGCAUCUUGCGUCGCAAAAAGGAGCUGGACAGCCUGGACCUGACUCACGAACGUUUGAGCGCCGAUCGCCUCAUCACUGAACUCGAAGCGUCGCGCGAUCUGACGCAGCACAUUGUGCACAUUGACUGCGAUGCCUUUUAUGCGGCUGUCGAGCAGCUCGACCGGCCUGAGCUCAAGGACCUGCCAUUCGCUGUCGGAGGCGGUGUUCUCACCACGUGCAAUUACCUCGCCCGCGAGUUUGGCUGCCGCUCUGGCAUGGCCGGCUUCGUAGCCAAAAAGCUCUGCCCGCAGCUCGUCCUGAUCAAGCCCAACUUCGAAAAGUACACGGCUAAGGGCAAGGAGGUGCGGGGAGUGCUGGCCGACUAUGAUGCGCGAUUCGAAAGCGCAAGCAUCGAUGAGGCUUAUUUGAACAUUACCGAGUACUGCGUGACUCACAACAUGAGUGCACCAGAGGUCGUGGAGCAGCUGCGCAAAGAAGUACAUGAAAAGACCAACAUUACUGUCUCGGCAGGCAUCGCCGCCAAUUCAAGACUGGCAAAGAUUUGCUCGAACCUUAACAAACCCAACGGUCAAUACGUCUUGGGUCGAGAGAGAAAUGAAAUCAUGACAUUUAUACGCGAUCUGCCAACGCGAAAGAUCCCGGGCAUCGGUCGAGUUCUGGAGCGCGAGCUUCUCGAAGUGGGCAUCAAGAACUGUGGCGACAUAUACGAACAUCGGCAGUACCUCCAUCGACUGUUUGGCGAUAAGACCUUUGAAUUUCUUAUGGGCUGCUAUCUCGGCUUAGGACGCACCAGUAUCCAACCCGCAGAGGAAUACGAACGCAAAAGUGUGGGCACGGAAAGCACCUUUCGCGAAAUAUCGGAUCCGAAAAAACUUCGUGAGAAGCUACGAGCAACGGCUGAGGAUCUGGAGGGAGAUAUGAAGCGGGCCGCGUGCAAAGGGCGCACAUUGUGCCUCAAAAUCAAGCUACACACCUUUGAAGUGUACACCCGCCAGGUUGUAACGCCGCGUGCCCUCUGCCUUGCAGACGAUCUAUACAAUUUCUCCCUCCCAAUGCUUACAAAGCUCGAGCAAGAGAUGCCCGGCAUGAAGCUGCGGCUGAUGGGCCUACGGUGCACCCAUCUUGUGAGCACCAAAAAGCCAGACACCAUGGCGUUUUUCGGCUUCAGGCCGAAACGCCCCGACGAGGAAUCGCUCUUCAAUUCGGCGCAAGUCAAGCACAAGGCGACCGACUUUCUUGCCGGAGCCGACGUCGGGUUCGAAAACCCGUCCGAGGAACCCGACACGGCCCAUGACAGUGGUGGAAACAACAGGAACGAUCAGGGCCGGCCGCGGAGCCACGGCAAGGAAAUCGUGCCCAAUCCAAAGCAGCAGCCGCGCCCGGAGGAGGAGUGGUGGGAUUGUCCAAUCUGCAUGCGUCCGCAAGCGGCCAAUGAGCGGCAAUUUAACGAGCAUAUUGAUCUAUGCCUUUCGAGGCCGACGAUUCGUGAGACAGUGCAGACAGAUGGCGGAGCUAGCACCAGUGGUGCAACUGCCCCUGGCAAACGGCCACCAGGCGGGGGACCAGAAGAGAGGAAGAGAGCAGCCAGCAGCAAGUCCAGCAACCGUGAUCCCCGGCAAAAGAAGCUGUGUUUUGGAUAG